AAGCAGUCGUUACUGUUUGCAAGAAUGUCCUGUCCGUCCACGCCAUUUAUUAUUAGGCAACGACUAAAGCCUGAAACACAAGUCAAGUGAAUGACACGAGUAUUCUGAUGAUCGAACCGGGCCGUCACCCACUGGGUUGGGCAGGUGGUCACGUGGUGUGCCGGAGAGGGGCGGAAAGAGCUGCGGAGGUGCGCUCUUGUCAACUUUCUACCAACGAGAGGAGAAAAGGAAAGCAAAAAAUAAGAAGGCCAUCGUCGGCGUCGGCUCACGGCAGGUCGUCAAUGUAAGUGGUGACGAGUGACUGCGUGCCAGCGAGGUAUUUGAAAGAAUUUCCUAUUUUUUAAUCUCGUCCUCAUCUGGUGUUCUGAAGAGCCGCCCGCAGCGCGUCCCUGUGUCGCCACCCACCGGCCGCCCGGCCAGGACACGCGCUGCGGGCAUGUCUAGCGUUGAGGAUUCUGGGUGAUUUCUGGUUUGUGGGUCUCACUGGGUCUGGCUUCUGUGGUGACUUUUUACAUUGUGGGCUGGCUUAGAGCCACUAAGCAUAGAUUUCUAAAAGGUUUUCACAUCUUUGUGCUAAACUUUUUUCUUGUUGAUGAAUCAACAUUUUUUGCAUGUUUGUGGUUUGUUGUUUUGCGUGUGCGCCCACCCCGUGUCAGGGCCCUCCGUCAUCCCGAUGUUCCAUGAUGAAGAGCGCCUGGGCCGCAGCGAGCAAAACGGCCAGACGCCGCACUACGAUCAGGUGCCGGCCGGCACGCUGCCUCGGGGCGAGCCCUACGAGCCUCACCCCCUGAGCGCCCGCUCGGCGGCGUACUUGGGGCACAGCGCCGACCCGCUCCCGCCGCCUCCUCUGCCCGACCUGCCUCCCAUCGGACCUGACCACCCGGGUCACGGGGACCCAGAUCAGGAGUCGGAGCUAGACCCGGCGCUGGACAUCAAACCGGUGCACCGCUUCAUCCCCGACUCGUGGAAGAACUUCUUCCGGGCUAGCGACCGAAGCAGCAAAAAGGGAGCGUGGCCGGAGCCUCCGCCGGCAUCAUGUAACAACAACAACAGCACCAGCGAGGGCGUCCGUUGCUCGCCGCCGCACACGCCGUCCGUCCCCGGGUCGUACCGGGACCCUUACGGAGGCUCGGCCGGCAGCUACGACUCGGGCAAGGAGCUCCUGGACCUGGGCGAGUCGGCGUCUGCGUCGGGGCAAACCUACCGCACGGCCUUGACCUACGCCGAGCGCGUGGAGGAGUACCACCAACGCUACGCCUUCAUGAAGUCGUGGGCGGGGCUGCUGAGGAUCCUGGGCUGCGUGGAACUGCUGCUCGGCGCCGCCGUCUUCGCCUGCGUCUGCGCUUACGUCCACAAAGACAACGAAUGGUUUAACAUGUUCGGCUACUCGUCUCCGGGCGGCGCCUACGCCGGCGGCUUAUACGGCUCUGGCGCCAGCUCAUACACGGGCCCCAAGACGCCCUUUGUGCUUGUGGUGGCCGGCCUGGCGUGGCUGGUGACCGUCAUCGUCUUGGUGCUGGGUAUGACCAUGUACUACCGCACCAUCCUGCUGGACUCCACUUGGUGGCCGCUGACAGAGUUCAUCAUCAACUUGGUGCUCGCCGUGCUCUACAUGGCUGCAGGUAUAGUGUACGUGCGCGACACGACUCGCGGGGGCCUGUGCUCUUACCCCGUGUUCAACAACGGCAUGACCGGCGCGUUCUGCCGGACGGAGGCGGGGCAGACGGCCGCCAUCAUCUUCCUCUUCCUCACCAUGGUCAUCUACCUGAUCGGAGCCGGCGUCAGCCUCAAGCUGUGGCGGCACGAAGCGGCGCGGCGAUACCGCGAGAGCAAUGCGCAGGAGAUGCGGCAGUCGGCCUUUGGAGUGGGGCAGUCGUUGCUGGAUACCACAGACGCUCCGUUGAACGCCGAAACCCCUCGACAGGAAUCUGUAGCCACGUUGGCUCGGGACGCGCCUGUCGCUGUGGCGCCCAAGAUCCUGCAGGGGGCCAUACCGUCCGGACACAUACCCAAGCCGGUCAUCGUGCCCGACUACAUCGCGAAGUACCCGACCAUCCGCUCGGACGAGGAGCGCGACCAGUACCGCGCCGUCUUUAAUGACCAGUACGCCGAGUACAAGGAGCUUCACGCCGACGUGCAGGCCGCCUGCAAGAAGUUUGAUGAGAUGGACGGCAUGAUGCGCAAUCUCCCGCGCCAGGCCAGCAGUCAGAUGGAAGCAGAUCGCAUCAACAGAAUCCUUCAGGAGUUUGAGAGGAAGAAAAACGACCCGACCUUCCUAGAGAAGAAGGAGCGUUGUGAGUACCUGAAGAACAAGCUCUCGCACAUCAAGCAGAAGAUUCAGGAGUAUGACAAAGUCAUGGAGUGGAACGACGGAUACGACUAAAAAUGAGCUUUUUUCUCCUCAAAUGUGGUGAUGAUUUUUCUCUGUCCCGCAGAGAAAGCUAAUGUAUUUUUUAUUUUAUUUUAAUUUUUGAUAUAACGUGAGUCUUAACACUAAAUAAAGCUCAUUAUAAUCCCA